UGAGUAACUCCUGGCUACAGCUCUGCUCGUCUGUGUAGUGGAAACCAGGCUAUCGUCUGUCCAGCCUCAGCCCUUCAGAACAGAUUAGUGUAAACGAUCCUCAGCUCCAAUGACAGCGUGGUUCUCAGGAUGACAGCAAUCUGAUGCUGCCUGCGUCGAAGACAAAGCUCAGAUUGCUCUUCUUCUAACAAGACAUCUGAAGGUAGGUGAGCUCUAAAUCUGUAAAACCCAACUAUGCAACAUGUUUUUAUUAUAAUAUCAUCAAAAAGUGUGUUUCCUUGCUUCACCUUUGUUUUUUAACCCACUUUGAGAUUUAAUCGAGGAGUAAAGGUUAUUCAGAGGAAAAGAUAAGGACAGGAGCACUGUGCAGAACUGCAAAUUCCCAGGAACCAUGGGGGAGGAUUUGAAACACAGAAAUCCAAUCAUUGCCUUUUGCUAUCUGCAUUUCUCUCCGUUGUUCCCUGUUGUCCAUUUUAGGAAAAACGAUUAGAGUGGGCCUAUUUGGAGUUGCAGAGCCAAUAAGCAUAUUUGGGAAUUUGAACAUAGGAAAAGAAAAAAUUACAAACACAAAAAACAUCUCAUCUGUCCCUCUGUAACCCCACUGUAUCUACUCGAACAAAAUAAAAGCACCUGCUCGCCAUUAAUUUGAAAAUCCCAGGCCGAGUGUUGCAGUAACCUGUGGCAACUGCUUCUGUGUCAACAGAAAUCUUGGACGGGCGGACUCCUGCAGCCCAGGGCCGUGCAACGCCAUUGGCCGGCUGAAUGAAUGACUUGCAAACUUGCCCAUCUAUUAUGCAUGUCAGUUUACCUUUAGUGUGUUCUUGAGCUCAUUUCCAGGUACAGACAACCGAGAGGCGGCCGGGAAAAAAGGAGAAGCUCUGAUCAUCUUGUGGUGUUGUGUGAACCCAGUAGCACUGCGAGGGGAGUCAGAAAUGGAGCUGAUUGGAUCCACUCUCACUGCCACAUAUGCUCGGCCAAAAACCAGCCACUUCCUCCCUGCCAUCUCCACCAUGGCAUCCAGCUAUCGCAACACUCAUCCUGCCGUGAAUCCGGCGGCCAACCUGUGGAGGACCAACAGCUACUACAAGAGCAGCAGCGCGGUCCCGACCUCCGCUUCCCUACAGAGAGAGAAUCUAGACCUGGUCCGAGCCCACACCAUGUUCUACCCGUCCAACAGGACAGCAAUGAGCACCCGCUACACCCCGGACGACUGGCACAAGUCCAACCAGAGCAACUACUGGGAGUCCGAGUCGUCCCGGAAGAGCGCAGAGAGACUGAGGAGAGACACCAUCCGGCUGAUGCAGGACAAAGAGCAGCUGACCAGGAGAAGCCAGGAGACGAGCAGCAAGAACAUCGGCGAGAGACUCAACGAUAUCGUCUUCUGGAGGUCGGAGCUCACCCACGAGAUUGACAACAUGGUGACAGAGAUAGCAUCUCUCAAUGAGGUGAAGAGGAGGCUGGAGAGAGCCCUGGCCGAGACCACGGGGCCCCUUCAGGUGUCUCAAGAGUGUUUGUACCACAGAGAGAAGCGGAUGUCCAUCGAUCUGGUACAUGACGACGUCGAGAAAGACCUAAUAAAGGAAGUGGAAGCCAUCAAGUCGUGUCAAGAAAGGAUGAGGCGCCACCUGGACAGAGCCAUCGCCCAGCUAGCGUCAAACAGAGCAGCGCAGCACGAACUGGAGCGAGACAUGAGCGACAAGGUGACGGCUCAGAGGAUCGACGACAGGUGCCACCAUCUGAGGAACACAUCAGAUGGCAUCGGCUACUACAGAGGGGUUGAAAGACUAGACCCUUCACUCUCUCUGCCGAACUCGUGGUCCAAGUUCUCCGACGACAACAUCCUGCUCUCGCAGAGCGAACGAGCUGCCUCCCACAAGCUCAGGGACGAGAUAGAGAUCCUGCUGAACACCACGUCCAACGAAAUGUGGAACCAGUUCAGCAAUGUCAACGUAGCCUUCACCAACCGCAUAUCAGAGACCGCAGACGCCAAGAACAGCCUGCAGACACACUUGGCUAAGACUCUGCAGGAGAUCUUCCAGACCGAGAUGCUGAUCGAGUCUCUGAAAAAGGCCCUGAGAGACAAGGAGUGUCCUCUGAAAGUGGCUCAAACCAGACUGGAGGAGAGAACCCGCAGGCCCAACAUCGAGCUCUGCAGGGACAACCCACACCAUAGACUCGUGGGUGAGGUGAGAGAGAUCGAGGACACCAUUCACAAGCUCCGGGAGAGGCUGAUGGAGGCUGAGAACACGCUGCAGACGCUGCUUAAAACCAAAGUGACCCUGGAGCAUGACCUGUCCGUCAAGGCCAACUCGCUCUUCCUGGACCAGGAGAAGUGCAUGAGCAUGCGCAAAAGUUUUCCCAGCAUGCCCCGUCUGGUCGGCUACACAUGAAACCGCGUCUUUAAAACACGUAUCUAAAGAGAAGACCAAUUUAAUUAAAAAUGACGUGAUUGAUGUUUAAGGUUUUGGAGUGAUUUAGAGGUGUGGGUGAGUUUGAAUGUAAAAUGAUUUAAGUUUACAGGCUCUGAUUUCUGAUCGUCAAAAGUGGAUUGUCUUAAUUUUGACUGUAGUACCUGUAAUGUAUUUACAACAUACAUUUUGAAAAUAGUGAUGUCAGUGAAGAAUACACUGCCAUGUUGAUUUAUCAGACACAACUCAGUGUCUUUUAAGGUUCAUCCUUAUCCGUGAAAAGAGCUUUUUAAUUACUGAUGUGUAUUGCAUAUACAAACUCCUAUGUAACUUUGGCUGCUAGGGAGUAUCUCAAUCAAAACAAUAAAACGACGUAGAAAACA